UUUUUUUAACUUGGCCUCUGUUGAUUCAUUGGAUGUUUGUUACUUUGAAUAUAAAAGCAGAACUUGGCAAGUCAUACAACUCUAUUUGGCAGAUCACUCACUCUUAGCAAAUGAACUGUGCCCAACAUAAAUCCACUCUAAAGUUUACAGAGGUUCAGUUCUGUACCAGUGGAAAUGAGAAGUUAGCUAAGAGUACAAGAAGCAUGCUGAUUGGCUGAUGCAGGGUAAGCAGGCUACAUAAAAGGCAGCUGUAGAACAUCUGGGAAGGUCAAUGAUAGCAUCUGCCUAGAGUCAAACCUCCGUGCUUCUCAGACAGUGCCUUUUCACCAUGAGUGGGUGCCCAUUUUUAGGAAACAACUUUGGAUAUACUUUUAAAAAACUCCCCGUAGAAGGCAGCGAAGAAGACAAAUCACAAACUGGUGUGAAUAGAGCCAGCAAAGGAGGUCUUAUCUAUGGGAACUACCUGCAUUUGGAAAAAGUUUUGAAUGCACAAGAACUGCAAAGUGAAACAAAAGGAAAUAAAAUCCAUGAUGAACAUCUUUUUAUCAUAACUCAUCAAGCUUAUGAACUCUGGUUUAAGCAAAUCCUCUGGGAGUUGGAUUCUGUUCGAGAGAUCUUUCAGAAUGGCCAUGUCAGAGAUGAAAGGAACAUGCUUAAGGUUGUUUCUCGGAUGCACCGAGUGUCAGUGAUCCUGAAACUGCUGGUGCAGCAGUUUUCCAUUCUGGAGACGAUGACAGCCUUGGACUUCAAUGACUUCAGAGAGUACUUAUCUCCAGCAUCAGGCUUCCAGAGUUUGCAGUUCCGACUAUUAGAAAACAAGAUAGGUGUUCUUCAGAACAUGAGAGUCCCUUAUAACAGAAGACAUUAUCGUGAUAACUUCAAAGGAGAAGAAAAUGAACUGCUACUUAAGUCUGAGCAGGAAAAGACACUUCUGGAAUUAGUGGAGGCAUGGCUGGAAAGAACUCCAGGUUUAGAGCCACAUGGAUUUAACUUCUGGGGAAAGCUUGAAAAAAAUAUCACCAGAGGCCUGGAAGAGGAAUUCAUAAGGAUUCAGGCUAAAGAAGAGUCUGAAGAAAAAGAGGAACAGGUGGCUGAAUUUCAGAAGCAAAAAGAGGUGCUACUGUCCUUAUUUGAUGAGAAACGUCAUGAACAUCUCCUUAGUAAAGGUGAAAGACGGCUGUCAUACAGAGCACUUCAGGGAGCAUUGAUGAUAUAUUUUUACAGGGAAGAGCCUAGGUUCCAGGUGCCUUUUCAGUUGCUGACUUCUCUUAUGGACAUAGAUUCACUGAUGACCAAAUGGAGAUAUAACCAUGUGUGCAUGGUGCACAGAAUGCUGGGCAGCAAAGCUGGCACCGGUGGUUCCUCAGGCUAUCACUACCUGCGAUCAACCGUGAGUGAUAGGUACAAGGUAUUCGUAGAUUUAUUUAAUCUUUCAACAUACCUGAUUCCCCGACACUGGAUACCGAAGAUGAACCCAACCAUUCACAAAUUUCUAUAUACAGCAGAAUACUGUGAUAGCUCCUACUUCAGCAGUGAUGAAUCAGAUUAAAAUCGUCUGCAAAAUCUAUGAAGAAUACUGGUUUCACAGUCUAUUUUUUAUUUUCUAUGGAUUUUCAUAAAUACAGUUUGAAUAUAUGUAUACAUAUAUUGUUCAGCACCACGAUGCUCUGAUUUAGUUCUAGAAAUAAUUUGAUUACCUCUUGUUUGUGACAAGACUAAGCAUUAAGAUGAAAAAGAAUGCAUUUAAAUAGUAACAUUGUACAUAGGGUGUUUUCCUAUUAAAAAUUCAGUUUCCCCUGAGACUUAAUGUAACCAUUUAAUGUAAUCACUAUCUCAUUGUUUCAUCUUUAUAAACUUGUAAACUUCAGCUAUUUCAAAUAUUUUAUGCAGUACAUUAUGUUAUUCUGUACAAAGACUUUCAAACAAAAUUUUUAAAAUAAUAAAGUAUUAAUCUUUCUCCCUGUA